UCAGUGUCAUUUCAAGUGGUUUUAUCGUCCGCCACGGACCAACCAAGCCAAAAUACCACCAUGAAAUUUUACAAAUCCGUUUCCCUAUUAAAACAGCAAAAAAAAAUACCACUAUCAAUUUUUACAAACUCCCUUAAUCCUAAGUUCGCACUCUUUCAUCUUUCCAAUUUAACCAAGUCCUUUGAAUAUUCUCUACCCAUUGCCCCCGAAAGGUGCAGGUGCCAGUAUAAUAUGGUAUUAUCGCAGCUCAUUAUGAUUUCAGUGUCAUAUCAAGUGGUUUUAUCGUGUCCGCCACGGACCAACCAAGCCCGUCCGGUUAAGUAUUAAAAUUUGCGAGGGUUCCACAUUCCAGGUAUUGAACUUUAAGCUUUUGCAGGUGCGAGACCAGCAGCCUCCAUGGGGAUUUACAAACGGUUAACUACAGUAUUGGUUAACCAUGCCUCCUCUUCGUCAUCUCUGUCGUCCCCCAUUAGGGUUCGAGAGCCGUGGACGAUAUUCAGGCGGGGCAUGCGCGAGGUGUACAUGUCGCAGGCGGCACUGGACGCGGCAGCGGAGCGGCGCGCCAGAAAGCGCGCGCUCCGCGUAGACCCUCCUAUGAGCGCUCUGCAGCGCAACCGCUAUGGUCCCCCUAAACCACACGACCCCAACAUGCCCGAGCCCAUCAACGUCCUCGUGGGGGACCGCCUCAGCCUCCACAAUCGUCUACAAUCGCUCAGCCGCUCCGGAAAACUUGACGAAGCCCUGGUCGCUGCUCGUCAGGCGCAGUACUCUCGUAUCCGCCCCACAAUUUUCACAUACAACUCUCUCCUCGGCCAUUGUCAUCGCGCCGGAAGGUACGAGAAUGUCUUCAAUCUCUUCGCUUUCAUGCGCCAAGCCGGGGUCAUACCCAACGUGGUUACCUAUAACAUAGUACUCGGCAGCUACGUUGAGUUGCUUGACAUGGAAAAGUGUUUUGCUAUGUUGCAGAUGAUCUAUGACGCCAAUAUGCGACCCAGUAACGUGACCUUUAAGCACUUGAUGAGUGCGCAUUUUAGACUCGGGAAAUACGAGGAUGUUAUGAGGCUUUUCAGGGAAAUGCUGGAAAAGUGCUAUGGGGCUGAUCCACCGACAUAUGCGGAAACGAUUGAGGGUUUUGUGAAGGGCGGGGCAAUGGACCAGGCCACGGAGCUGUAUAUGGAAAUGAGGAAGAGAGGUUCCAUUUUUAGCGAGCCGGUUUUUGGUAAUUUAAUUAGAGGUUAUAUUGCUGCUGGGAGAGUUCAGGAGGCCCUCGAUGUUUUUGAGUUUGUACCCGAGAAGGUUGAACGGACUGCAAUGUCGACUAAUGCUGUGAUCGAAGGAUACUGCAACGCUGAUAGGAUUAACGAUGCUCUCGAUUUUUUUGAGAUGCUUGUGGAGAAGAAUUUGAGCCGUGAUGCACUGUCGGUUGCUUAUUUGAUGGACUGGUACAUUGAGCACGGAAAUUUGCAGGAGGCUGAGAAGCUUUUCAGGUCAAUGGGCGAGAAGGGAUGUUCUCCAGCUGCUGUGGCAUACAAUACUCUUUUCGACGCAUAUUUCAAGCAAGGUAUGAAUGUGGAGAUAGAGAAACUAUUGCAGGAGAUGUUAGAUCAGCGAUGUGAGCCAGAUUCAGUAACUUAUGAUACGCUGAUAGAUGGAUUUGUCAAAGUUGGCAACCUGGAUGAAUCCUUAAAAGUUUUCGGAAGAAUGAAAGAAGCUGGUUUGAAGCCAGGAAUAGCUAUUUAUAACAAAUUGUUCGGUCACUUGUGCAAUGAAGGGAAGCUUGAUGAAGCUAGUAGUCUUUUUCAGGGGAUGGUGGAUGGAGGGCAGAACCCUGAUGUCGAAACAUAUGAUAUAUUAACAGAGAAAUAUAGCAGAGAAGGGAGAGAUGAAGAGAUAAAAAGUUAUUUUCAGAACCUUUUGGAGAAGAUCAAACUAAGUGAAGAACUUGUGGCUCGUAUCAGACUGCAGGGACAGAAUGCAUCUGGUGAAGAAAAGUCUAAGACAGAAACACAGGCACCUUAUACGUGUACUGAAGACAAUAAAAACUUCGAAGUUGCUGUGUGAGAUAAUUACACAUGGUGUGAGAUUUAGGAAGGAUAUAGCAUGUUAGAUCAACUUUGCAGACAACUCUGGAUCAUAUAAUGUUCUUCUGGAAAGUACCCUGCAAAACUGGAAGCUUCCAGGUAUUUUGGUACAGUGUUAGAAGAUAUUUACAUUGACGGAUGCAAUCCUGCAGUGCAACCUAAUUGUUUCGAGUACUAUGAUUUUAUGGUGUAUGAAUGGAAUGCAGCUUGUAAUCCAAAUGCUUAUGAGGAUACUAAGUUUUCACUAAUUAACCUAAACAAAUUUUGAAAGCAUAUAUAAGCUAGUUACUUCGUUGGCGA